GUUGUUAUGUAUGUUGCCCAUCGUAAUAGUAGAAGAAAUAGCUACAAAAAAAAUUGUUUAAACUUUGCUUCAUAUUUGUACAAACAAUGGCCAACAAGAGGAAUCACUUUAAAACUGUUGUUUUAACACUGAAGUUCACAAGAGUUCUACCAUAACUUGAAAGAUUUCUAACAGAAAUGAAACAUUUUUGUUUUUUAAUAUCAUUCGCCGUUGUUACUGUUUUAUCAGUUAACAUAGCGGACUAUAAGAUUCAGAUGGCCAAAACAAACAAAAAAAUCGAGCUUGCAGGAGAGAGAAUGCAUAGGGUAAUUAGAAAAUUGGUUCGUGGAAGAACUUCGAUGGAGAUAAUGGCUAUAAUGUUAGCUGCACCAGAGGUGGCAAUCGCUAAAAGAGGACUCUGGAUAUGCAAGUAUUACCAAACUAGAUUCCACAAGAUAAUAACCAGAGUUUUAGGUGUUCUUGUUCCUACAUAUGGAGGAAAAAUUGUUCUUGUUCCUGAACAUGGAGUAAAUAGUAAUUAUAGAUUUAUUUAUUAA